UCUAGAUUUAUAGCAAUAUGGCCGACUUUUACCGGUCAGUUUUUGUGUUUUGAUAGUUACAAUAAAAAAGUGAACUCAUCUAUAUAAAAAUAACUUAAAUAGCGCGUAUCUUAAAAAAGUUUAAUUUAAUUGAAAAUAUUAUAAAAAUAUAAUCAAUCAUGGAAGCCCUUAUACCAGUUAUUAAUAAAUUACAAGACGUCUUCAACACUGUUGGAGCUGAUGCCAUCCAAUUACCUCAGAUUGUCGUCUUGGGAACUCAGAGCUCUGGAAAAAGUUCAGUUAUCGAAAGCCUCGUUGGACGUUCUUUCUUACCACGGGGUCCAGGAAUUGUGACUCGACGACCACUUAUUCUUCAAUUAGUUUACAGCCCUAAAGAUAGCAAAGAACACCGAUCUGCUGAAGAAGUAAUUAGAAGCCAGCAGGCUGGGACUGAGUCAUGGAAUCCCCUUUCUCAGCUAUCUAAAUCAUUUACGUCAGGUACAGUAAAUUUAGAAGAAUGGGGCAAGUUUCUGCAUACAAAAGAAAAGAUUUACACAGAUUUCGACCAGAUACGGGAUGAGAUUGAUAGGGAAACAGAUAGAAUGGCUGGAAACAAUAAAGGCAUUUGUCCAGAACCAAUAAAUUUAAAGAUUUACUCAACCAAAGUCGUAAAUCUUACACUUGUGGAUCUUCCUGGUAUUACCAAGGUGCCAAUAGGUGAUCAACCGGAAGAUAUUGAAAAUCAAAUAAGAAACCUCAUUUUUAAACACAUUGCCAAUCCUAACUCGAUUAUAUUGGCUGUGACAGCUGCUAACACAGAUAUGGCCACUAGUGAGGCUAUCAAAAUGGCUAAGGAUGUGGACCCUGAUGGCAGGAGAACUCUAGCUGUUGUUACCAAACUUGACCUGAUGGAUGCAGGCACUGAUGCGAUAGAUAUACUGUGUGGACGCGUAAUUCCAGUUAAACUUGGAAUCAUUGGUGUCGUCAACCGAUCGCAGCAAGACAUUAUCGAUAAGAAAACUAUUACGGAUGCGCUAAAAGACGAAGCGACGUACCUCCAAAGAAAAUAUCCGACGAUCGCAACUCGCAAUGGUACUCCACACUUGGCCAAGACUCUCAACAGACUACUUAUGCACCAUAUAAGAGACUGUUUACCAGAACUUAAGGUUCGCGUAAAUGUAAUGAUAUCCCAAUUCCAAUCCCUCCUCAACUCGUACGGCGAGGACGUGUCAGACAAAUCGCAGACUUUGCUACAGAUUAUAACAAAGUUCGCCAGUGCCUACUGUUCGACGAUAGAGGGCACUGCACGCAAUAUUGAAACCACGGAGCUCUGUGGUGGAGCUAGGAUAUGUUAUAUUUUCCAUGAGACCUUUGGCCGUACUCUGGAUUCCAUACAUCCUUUAGUUGGUUUAACCCGUAUGGAUAUAUUAACUGCUAUACGCAAUGCAACUGGACCUCGGCCUGCUUUAUUUGUACCUGAGGUGUCGUUUGAGUUGCUCGUUAAAAGGCAGAUAAGAAGACUUGAAGAUCCCUCGCAGAGAUGUGUUGAACUUGUUCACGAAGAAAUGCAGCGUAUUGUGCAGCAUUGCGGCACUGAAGUGCAGCAGGAACUGUUGAGGUUCCCGCGGCUGCAUCAGCGCAUAGUUGACGUCGUUACCCAGUUGUUGAGGACACGGCUGCCUGCCACCAAUGCUAUGGUGGAAAAUCUAGUGGCUAUCGAACUGGCGUACAUAAACACGAAGCAUCCGGAUUUCCACCGCGAGGCUGCUCUAGUGUCCGGUUUACUGAAAAGUACGGACGGCUUUGAAGAAUUUCGCACCAAACCCAAUCGACCAGCCACAUCGCCGGUACAUAAUAUGAUUAAAUUACUCCUUCGCCAAUUGCUCCGGCAAAUGGGUGAAAGGGGGUCCACUUUGGCGUUUCUAGCUAAUGUUUGGGAUGUUCAGCACGUACCGGCCAUUACUGACGGACAUGACAGAUUGCCCGCACAGAAUAGUGAAUCGCCACAGACUCCACAGAUGAAUGGCAGUCCCGAAAAUAGAUCAAUGACUCCGCAAAAGCCUGUGAACCUUCUACCCGAAGUACCGAGUCACACAUCGAGAAAGCUCUCUGAUAGAGAACAACAUGACUGUGAUGUUAUUGGUGGACGGAGCGAGAUAUCCCCUCAAAAUCGAAUGACAGUUGAAGGCAUCAGUAUGAUGCAUUUGAACCAUAUGGGUGAUUUAGUCGAACGACUGAUCAAGUCGUAUUUCUACAUCGUUCGGAAGUCGAUUCAGGACUCUGUGCCAAAAGCGGUGAUGCAUUUCUUGGUCAACUACGUGAAGGAUAAUCUACAGUCGGAGCUGGUGACUCACCUUUAUAAGUCAGACCAGGCCGAGAGCCUCCUCAACGAGUCGGAACAUAUCGCUCAGAGGAGGAAGGAGGCGGCCGACAUGCUUAAGGCUCUACAACGCGCUGGUCAAAUUAUCAGCGAGAUUCGUGAAACGCACAUGUGGUAAAGCGCCAUCUAGUCUGUGAAUUAGUUAAUUUGUUCUGUACAUAGCAUCCAGAGCUAAGGGCACACUGAAGUAGGCUUACUGUCAUUUUAACAUUUCCGUUAUCGUUGGAAAGUCUAAAAUUACACAAAUGUUAUGGAUUAAAAAUCUUCAAAUUUGACUCAAGUCAAGCGAUAGAAAAACAAAUUUCUGUUAAAUAUUCGAUAGUAAAAUGCAUUAAAAUGACCUUAGGCCCAUCGUGUAUUUGAGCAUUUCGGGUGUCCCUUGUUUCGCUUCAAAAUGGCGCAUACAAACUUGACAAUUCAUUAGUAUUAAUAUUUAAACCAAAUUAUUUUUUAACUUUCAAUAAGGUCAUAAAUUUCUGAUAGUCUUAUUUAUUUAAAACCACUUUGUGUGAGAGACCUUUCAGCGCGCUCAACUGUCAACCCUCAGGUCGUUUGUUCGAACCCCGGUUGUGUUCACAAAGAAAAACAAAAAACUACUAUUAUGAAGUCGUAUCUAGUUUGUAUGCGCAUUGUCUAUUGCUACAUGACAGUUAGAAUAUUGGAAACUAGUUAAGAAAACCAAAUUAGAAAUGGAUUUAAGUUAUAAUGCUUACUGAGUUUUAAGGCUGUUAAAAGACCCUACUUAAAGGCCACCACACAGUACAGUUAACAAACUUUGUGAUCAGCGCCAUCUAGUGUGCAGUGGCUAGUAUUACUAAUAGGUUUCUUUCUGUAAAUGCAGAUAAUUUCUACUUAUUUUAUGCUAAUUAUUUGAAAUGUGGUGCGUAGCGCCAUCUAGUUCGGUGGCUGUUAUUAGGCUCAUAUUUUUUUCGUAGAUGUAUUAAUUAAUUAUGAACAGUUGUUAGUUGAAUGUUUUUAGUGUCAGGGAAUACUCACUGCCUGAUAAUUAAUGAAACAAAUUUACUAUUAUAAUUGCAUAUGGUUAUUUUUCAAUUAAAAAAAAUAAUAAAAAUCCUUAUAACAUAUAUCAAAUAGUAUGGUUUAUUAGACAACCUCACAGCUAAAGGAUUUGUUUUAAUUAUAGAUACCGAAAAUCCUUAUUCAAAUGAACUUUACAAAAAAAAAGGUUUUUCCCGAAUUAUUUGAUUCUAGAACUAUACCACAAAAUAUGAUGAUGGUUUUGAUUUUGUUGAUUUCAGUUACCAUUUCUAUUUCAAGUGAAAAGUGAUAUUUUUUGUUUCCAAAGUUAGUUAAUCUUUGAAUUUAUUUAACAGGGCUAUAGAAUAGUGGUUUGUCUUAAUCAGCAUGUAUUGGUAAAGUAUUCCAAAGUUGAUAUUGUUCCGUGUGCUUAUGAACAAUUGAAUGUUACGCAAUAAGAUUGUAUUUAAAAGUCUGUUAAUAUAAUAUUGUCACCCUU